AUGUUGACAUGUGCAACAAAGAAAAAGGUUGCAGCAGCUGAAGCAACAAGUGCAACAAACAACAACAAUUUAGAAGCUGAAGCAACUAGUGCAGCUAACAACAGCAAUGCAGAAGCUGAAGCAAGCACUUCUAAGCCCAAGAAGAGAAGAAAUUCCCAUUCCCACCCUCAAUUCUCAUUUACCAAACACCCCCUAAGUAGCGGCUCUCACACCAUUCUUAACCAUAAAGGAACCGAGCCUGAAGGCGUCAAAUGGGGAGAAUAUUGGGCUAAUGGUGCCGCUGAUGAUACCACUGCUCGUAAGUGGGUUGUCGCAUUUGAUACUACUGCCGGAAAGGCUUACAUUGAAGCAGGACCAAUGGGUCCGGUUGAUUGGAAUGUAGUUGAAGUGAAACUGAUUAUGUCCAGAUGCAUAUCAAAGCACACUUAUCCCAUUCUUGGAGGCAAUGUACUGGCUGCGAUCGAUGGUUUCAAGGCAUAUGCAGAAUUCCGCUAAACGAUAGAGCUUGCCGAGCCGCUGAAAGCAACGUUACUAUAUGGUUUAUGACUUUUAUGUGUUGCACUACGAGUUUACUACAUUGCUUUAGCUGUCAAUCAAGAGCUAUAUUCGCAAUUACUUAAUUUCCUUUUUUAUACCAACUACUA